GUCCUUUCCUUCCUCUCCUAGGAUUUUAGAUAAUGGGCUGUGUGCAAUGUAAGGAUAAAGAAGCAACAAAACUGACUGACGAGAGGGAUGGCAGUUUAACUCAAAGCUCAGGCUACCGCUAUGGGACAGAUCCCACUCCGCAGCACUAUCCUAGCUUUGGUGUGACUUCAAUCCCAAAUUACAACAACUUCCAUGCCACAGGAGGCCAAGGACUGACUGUGUUUGGUGGAGUCAAUUCCUCCUCUCAUACAGGGACACUGCGUACAAGAGGAGGAACAGGUGUAACUCUUUUUGUGGCGCUUUAUGACUAUGAAGCAAGAACAGAAGAUGACUUGAGUUUUCACAAAGGAGAAAAAUUUCAAAUACUUAACAGCUCGGAAGGAGACUGGUGGGAGGCCCGGUCCUUGACAACAGGCGAAACUGGUUACAUUCCCAGUAAUUAUGUGGCUCCAGUCGAUUCCAUCCAAGCAGAGGAGUGGUACUUUGGCAAACUUGGCCGAAAAGAUGCUGAGAGGCAGCUGUUGUCAUUUGGAAACCCCAGAGGUACCUUCCUGAUCCGGGAAAGCGAAACUACCAAAGGUGCCUAUUCCCUGUCUAUUCGAGACUGGGAUGAUAUGAAAGGAGAUCAUGUCAAACAUUAUAAGAUUCGUAAACUUGACAAUGGUGGAUAUUAUAUCACAACUCGGGCACAAUUUGAAACUCUUCAGCAGCUGGUUCAGCAUUAUUCAGAGAGAGCUGCAGGUCUUUGCUGCCGCUUAGUAGUCCCCUGUCAUAAAGGAAUGCCAAGGCUUACUGAUCUGUCUGUCAAAACCAAAGAUGUCUGGGAAAUUCCACGAGAAUCCCUACAGUUGAUCAAGAGACUGGGAAAUGGGCAGUUUGGGGAAGUAUGGAUGGGUACGUGGAACGGAAAUACUAAAGUGGCUAUCAAGACCCUGAAGCCUGGCACUAUGUCUCCAGAAUCCUUCUUAGAGGAAGCCCAAAUCAUGAAGAAGCUAAAACAUGACAAAUUGGUCCAACUUUAUGCUGUGGUAUCUGAAGAACCUAUCUAUAUUGUCACGGAGUACAUGAGCAAAGGGAGUUUGCUAGAUUUCUUAAAAGAUGGAGAAGGAAGAGCUUUGAAGUUACCGAAUUUGGUGGACAUGGCAGCCCAGGUGGCUGCAGGAAUGGCGUACAUCGAGCGAAUGAAUUACAUACACAGAGAUCUGCGGUCUGCAAACAUUCUGGUGGGGAAUGGCCUAAUAUGCAAGAUUGCCGACUUCGGAUUGGCAAGACUGAUAGAAGACAACGAAUAUACAGCCAGACAAGGUGCAAAGUUUCCCAUUAAAUGGACUGCGCCAGAAGCAGCAUUGUAUGGAAGGUUCACAAUAAAGUCGGAUGUGUGGUCUUUUGGGAUCCUACUGACAGAGCUGGUAACAAAAGGGAGAGUGCCAUACCCAGGCAUGAAUAACCGUGAAGUCUUGGAGCAAGUAGAACGUGGUUAUCGGAUGCCAUGUCCUCAGGACUGUCCCAUCUCCUUGCACGAGCUUAUGAUCCACUGCUGGAAAAAAGACCCAGAGGAGCGUCCAACUUUCGAAUAUUUGCAGGGUUUCCUUGAAGACUACUUCACUGCAACAGAACCCCAGUACCAGCCUGGCGACAACCUGUAAAUCCCUCGUCUCCAGACACUGUCAUGAAUUACCAGGUGUUUCUCAGCCCUGCCCCACCUGUCCUUCAGCUUCCAACUCCGUGAUCGGCUUCUCCAGAGUGCAGCAUCUUCCAGCACCGCCGUGCACAGGAGGGGCUGAAGCUGGGAACUUCCGCAGCCCUUGCCUACGACCACUUGUCCUAAUAAUCUGAAUGUCCUGGAUGAAAAGGAGAAAAACACUUGUUCUUUCUUAAUCAAAGACUCCAAAACUGCAUUGUAUUGAUGUUCUGUAAACUUCGAAACCUCUGUUCAUUGUAAAUAGUAACUCGGUGCCAAUAACUGAUCCUAGUGCUUUCCUUUUUUUAAAACGCAAAACCUAUGUGAUUUUAACUAGUCUUCUCCUGAUUCAACUAAAAGUAUUAUUUUCCAGAAGUGGCCUCUUUGUCUAAAACAUUUUUUUUCAUGUUUUAACAAAUAAAAGAAAAAUCGGGACAGGUGUUUGGUUUUUUGCUUUUUUAUAUAUAAAAUAUAUAUAAUAUAUAUACAUACCUGUACAUACAGUA